AUGAUUGUAAACGCAGAGCAGCCGGAAUUGGAAACCUCAAAGCAGGCUUUGACGCGCAAGCAGAAUGAAUUCAAAGUCACCCUAGCCCAACUUGAAGACAAGCUUCUCUUUGAACUCUCUAAUGCAGACCCCGAACUCAUCCUCGCCAACACCACCCUCGUUGAAAGCCUCGAGGAAACCAAAAGAACCACCAAAGAAAUCCAACAGCAGCAAGCGAUGGCGAAGGAACGAGAGGAGCAGAUAAACAGGAGUCGUGAGGCGUAUCGCAGUUCUGCAAAUGAAGCCUCUCUGUUGUAUUUUGUGUUGACACGUCUCCGCAGCAUCAACCCCAUGUACCAGUACUCUCUGGACUCCUUCAUCACAUUUGUGUAUAAGGCGAUCGACAAGACAAAAGCAUGCGAUACGAUUCAAGAGCGUUGUGUGGAAUUGACAACUUCCAUUAGAACAACCAUCAUAACGUGGGUUGGCAGAGGUUUGUUUGAGAAGCACAAGCUGGCUUUCUUGACAAUGCUGACCUUCGAGCUGCUGCGUGGAGGUAAACUAAAAGACGCGUUUGACUCACAGCUGCUUGAUUUCCUCUUGCGAGGACCCAUCAAACCGGUUUCCGAAAACCCCCUUGCUGACUGGCUGCCGAACAAGGCCUGGUUUGCUGUUCAAAAACUUAUUGAACUCCCUGGGUUUGAUAACUUCGCCACAAAUAUGCAAAAGGAUGCACCCUCCAGAUUCAAAGAAUGGUUCCAGGAACUUCAGCCCGAAAAAGUCAAAUUGCCACUGGACUGGAAGACACUGGACUCCAUGCCGUUCAAAAAGCUCGCGGUCCGUCUGAAGUGUUGA